ACCUGUUCGUAUAAAAUGUGCAUUGUUUUACGGUUAUAUAAGAGCAAAUUAUACCAUAGCACAAAGUGCUGGACUCAGUUUAAUGUGGUACAAGAGUUCUGGACCCGGAGAUUUUGAGGAACCUAUAGCUUUUGAUGGAAAUAGAAUGAGCAAAGAAGAAGAUGCUAUUUGGUUUCGUCCAACACUGGCACAAGACAGUGGGCUUUAUGCAUGUGUCAUAAGAAACUCUACCUAUUGUAUGAAGGUAUCCAUUUCACUGACAGUGGGUGAAAAUGACACUGGUCUGUGCUACAAUUCAAAGAUGAAAUAUUUAGAAAAAGCUGAACUUAGCAAAAGCAAGGAAAUUUCAUGCCCCAACAUACAGGAUUUUUUAAUACCAUAUAGAGAGCCAGAAAUCUUAUGGUAUAAGGAAUGCCAAGUCACAACCUGGAGACCAAGCGUUUUGUUCAAAAAGGAUAUUCUUGUUAUCCGGGAGGUUACAGAAGAUGACAUUGGCAAUUACACUUGUGAAUUAAAGUAUGGACUCUUUUCUGUCAGAAGAACCACAGAAUUAACUGUUACAGCCCCACUUACAGAAAAACCACCAAAGCUUUUGUAUCCUUUGGAGAGUAAACUAACAAUUCAAGAGACACAGCUGGGCCAUUCUCCUAAUCUAACUUGUCGAGCAUUCUUUGGAUACAGUGGAGAAGUCAGUCCUUUAAUGUAUUGGAUGAAAGGCGAAAAGUUUAUUGAGGAUUUGGAUGAAAGUCGGGUUUGGGAGAGUGAUAUUAGAAUCCUUAAAGAACAUCUUGGAGAACAAGAAGUUUCCAUCUCAUUAAUUCUUGAUUCAGUGGAAGAAGGGGAUCUUGGAAAUUACUCCUGCUAUGUUGAAAAUGGAUACGGCCGCAGACAUGCUACAGUUAUUCUACUUAAGAGGGAUAACAAAGAUUAUGAUGCCUAUUUGUCAUAUACCAAAGUGGAUCCUGACCAAUGGAAUCAGGAAACUGGGGAAGAAGAACGAUUUGCUCUUGAGAUCUUACCAGAUAUGCUUGAAAAGCAUUAUGGGUACAAACUAUUCAUUCCUGACAGAGAUUUAAUUCCAACUGGAACCUACAUAGAAGACGUGGCAAGAUGUGUAGACCAAAGCAAACGACUGAUAAUUGUCAUGACUCCAAAUUAUGUGGUCAGAAGAGGCUGGAGCAUCUUUGAAUUGGAAACCAGACUUAGGAACAUGCUCAUUACAGGAGAAAUUAAAGUGAUCCUCAUUGAAUGCAGUGAACUGCGAGGAAUUAUGAACUACCAGGAAGUUGAGGCACUGAAACAUACCAUCAAGCUUCUAACUGUAAUUAAAUGGCAUGGACCAAAAUGCAACAAGUUGAAUUCCAAAUUCUGGAAACAUUUACAGUAUGAAAUGCCUUUUAAGAGGAUAGAACCUAUUACCAACGAGCAGGUUUUAGAUGUUAGUGAGCAGGGGCCUUUUGGGGAAUUGCAGACGGUCUCAGCAAUUUCAAUGGCUGCUGCUACCUCCACUGCUCUUGCCACUGCCCACCCUGAUUUGCGUUCCACUUUUCAUAACACAUAUCAUUCACAGAUGCGUCAGAAACACUAUUAUCGAAGCUAUGAAUAUGAUGUACCUCCUACUGGCACCCUGCCUCUUACCUCAAUAGGUAACCAGCAUACUUAUUGCAAUAUCCCAAUGACACUUAUUAAUGGACAGAGACCACAGACAAAAACUAACCGAGAGCAGAAUCCUGAUGAGGCUCAUACAAACAGUGCAAUCCUACCCCUCUUACCACGGGAAACUAGUAUCUCAAGUGUCAUUUGGUGACAUCGGUGCAAGGGGGAAGUCAGCUCCCUUGAUCAGAAGCAAGGUCUGCAGUCUGGUGCCUGGAACUACAUCCUCGACUGCUGCUGUUAAACAUGCAUUACAAUCUAUGAAUUAUGAGGAAAAACAGGGUCUUGUACAUAUAGUUUUGGAAAUUUCUUUGCCACAUUAGUCUCCCUGUUUUACCCAUGUCUUUACCAUCCACAUGUUGAUUUUGUUUUAUAUGUCAUUAAGAUUUGUAUAUUUACAUUUUUUAAAAAGAAAGAAGUGAAGAGACUACUGUAUAGAUAGGGUUGAGGUUUUUUUUCUUUAUUAGUAUAAUUUGUGUGUGUUUGUGCAUUUUAAACAUUUUGUGGGGGAAUGCUUAGAUAAAACUGUUUUUAAUCUAGAAGCAGUAUCGAUUUUUUGGUCUGCCUAGGCUAAUAUCCAGAGUCGUGCUUGCAGCAAUUCCCCAUUGUCUGUUUGUGUGCGCGUGCAUGCGUGCACAUGUCACCCGUGCACAUGCACAUACGGGUGCCUAUUGAGGUAAGUGUGAAAUCACUUGCUCUUGGAGUCCCCACAAAUGUUUCAUAAUCUUUUCUUCAUGUUUUAUCACACUGCUACACUCUGCCCUUUUCCCAUCACCUUUUUAAAGCAGCACACUGUGUGAAAUUAAAGAUGGUCUAAUUGUUUAAUAUUUCACAUAGUAAAUAGUUGUGAACAACAACAAUGAAAAACCCAGUCUGUAUUACCUGUUUCACAAUAACCACUAUAACCAUUAUGGAAUUUAUAGGAAGUAUAAUAGAUUUUUCUGUUUGAUUUUAUGAGUUGUUUGUAUUCAUUUUAUAUAGAAAUAACAUGCCAACUCUAAUUCAUUCACUUCCUGGGAAAUUAUUGGAUUUGUUUAUUUGUUUGCUUGAAAUCAAUGGUUUCUUUUCUUAUUUACAUUCUUCAAAUGAGAUUAUUGACAUCUGCCAAGGAAAUAAGGCAGUAGGCACCGUGAAGUGCAUUAAAUCCUGCAGAGAUUUCCAAUGAUGGCUUCCAAACCAAACUAUAAUAGAAGGACAAUAUCUAAAAUGGUUUGUCAUGUUGUAUUACAGAAAAUGCUGUCUUUUAAGAACUAUGGAACAUACUUUUUCAACCAAGUUUGAAACAUAUGUAUAUUCAAGUUUGAUCAUCACCUUUUCUUUUUACUGAUACAUCCAGAGUUUAGCAUUCUUUAUUAUUCAUUAUUAUCUUUUCUUAAGCUUGUAAUAACACUACAUUUUUUUUAAUUCCAAGGUUGUUUAAAGGAGAUCUCAGGAGGUUGCAAAAAGUAAAUUCCAACAAACAUCAAUAUUUUAUAAAAUAUUAAUAUUUAAAUCAGAAGGAGAAAUGUUGGAAAUAAUGUUAUUGAAUAAAAUAAACUAGUUUUAUUUUAAAUGUAUUAUUUCAUCUUUAAAGAGUUAAAGAAAGAACAUGUAUUUUGGCUUUGCAAUUAUUUUAUGCAUAAAUUUAAGGACUGAACUUUGCCAAUUUGGAUUCAAUAAGAAUUUGUCAUAAAUAUUAACAGAUUUAACUCUUCAUUCACCUACUGUUAACAGAAUGACCACUACUAUUCAUAUUUCCACCAAUCAACGUAAUAGCCACCUUUCAUAUAAGAAGGCAGCCAACAGUAGAUUAUAUGAUUACUAUAGCACUAGACUAAUAGAGCAUAUUUCUUACAACAUAAACAGAUGUGAUAGAUUACUGAUAUUGAUUAAUAUGCUAGAGAAGCAUAUAGCAUUUUUUAAAUGUUGCAUUAAAAUGCAACAAUUUAACAGCAACAAUCUCGUGAAACUGCAGAUCUUUUUCUUCAUUGGAAAGAAAAGGAAAGAGUUUUCUACAUAGUUAAUAAGACAUAGCCAAUAUAAUGGAUGUGCUGUGUGUUUAUUUUGACUGCCAUCAUAAAAAAGGCCUAUAUUUUGGGUCAAAUAAGAUAUCAAUUAAUUUUAAGCUAAAAUCUAGAUGUUUGGGUUCCAUUGAUACAUGGAAAAUUACUGGUAUUAUGGUGUAGAUAGUCAAGAAAACACUUGAAAGCUGAAUUAGGAUGUAUAUGGUGUUUUUUGACAUAAUUUAACUAGCAAUAUUCAUUUCUGUGACUGUUCACUCAA